UAGUUUGUUAAUUUAGGCUGCGUGGUGGCGGAGAUGUUGCGUGGUGUGCCUCUCUUUGCUGGCACAACGGACAUCGAACAGUUGGCCAUCAUAAUACGCACUUUGGGGAGUCCUCGUCUCAAUCAGUGGCCAGAGUUGACUUCCUUGCCAGACUACAGCAAGAUACGAUUUCCCAACUCUGUGGGCAUACACUGGGACAAUUUGUUUCCGAGCUGCACGCACGCAGUGGAGAUUAGUCUGGUUUCGAAUUUGGUCGUAUACAAUCCCAAGAACCGGCUUAGCGCUAGCGAGGCAGUCGAACAUAAUUAUUUCCACUAAUUACAUGUCUAUGUACAAAUCUAGUAAGCAUCUAAGAAUUCUCAGAUUCCUUGUAUCUGUAAG